AUGCCUUGCGCCAAGAAAGUCACCAAGACACCCAAUCGAAAGGCGUCUUCUCAUCAGCCAGCCCAUGCCGCUAGACGCAAGCCCUCAAACGGAGAAGACAUGGAAAAAAACAACAGCACACUCGAUCUCGAAAUGAAGUGCAAUGAGCAGCACCCUGCAUGCAGUGUCUGCGUUCGCCUCAACUUGAAAUGUACAUGGGAUCGCCCAGAGUGGUGGGGCAGUGAAAUGCAAAAGGGUGCGCACAAGGCACGCUUAAAGAAGAAGAUCAAGAGCAACGAGAAAGCCAACAAAGAUUUGAACCCCGAGUCCUUUCACGAGAAAUACCAGGCCGUCUCGCCAUCAUCGCCCGAUUGGGAUCCUAGUCGACCGAUAUACUCCCUGCCUCAAUGCUACGAAGCUCACUCAUCUCACAUUGCAACACCGAGCCUCGGAACCGUUUCUUUCGGACCCCACCAUCCCUAUGAGAUCGACAUUACAACCGAGCGACAGACUUUCAUUAACGAUAUCCCAAUGCGCCAUGACUGCUCGACAUCAACAUUCAGCGCCUUCGGUCCGCCGCAACUCAGCAACCCGAUGCCAAGCUUUACUGGCAAUGAAUGGUUCGAACAGGAUUAUUUCCUGCAAGCCCCCGGCUACCAUCCCAGUUACCAGGACCCCACUCCAGAGACGAUAGACCCCAAUGUCGACCAGUCAUCCACGUCGCUCCAGAGUAAUAUUCCUGUUAGCGAUGCCGACCGCCAUCUCCUCGACCAUUUCAUUUACCAUGUACUUCGCCAAAUUUUCCCUGUGGUCGAGGCUCAUCAACGGGGUCACAUCCGCGCCCAAACCAUUCUUCGUGCCUUGGAGACUAACAAGUGUUACCUCCACUGCUGUUUGAGUAUUGCAGCUGUCCACCUCAAGACAAUUGGAGGCUUUGUGGGGGAAGAGGCUGACCAAGAUAUUAUGCGCCAUCGAUAUGAAGCCAUCUCCCAGUUGUGCCAGGCUCUGAAUCAAAAAGAUACCAACCUCGAGGAAAUCCUGGACGCUACCUUGGCAAUGAUCUUCUUCCACUGCUCUGUUGGUCCUGUGGAUGACAAACUCCCCGACAUUCCAUGGUUCGAUCAUUUCGGUGCUGCAGCAGAUAUGGUCGAACGGCUCCAGCUCCCUCUCAAGCCAAUGGAAUCCAGCAACGGGUAUAUGGUGCCAUCGUUCAGCAUGAGUCUAACCUCUUGGAUUGACAUCCUGGGGUCAACGAUGACGGGCAAAAUCCCUCGCUUUGCACACGCCUACCGAGAAAAGCAUCAAACUGGAAUUCCAUCUGGCCUGCGCGAGUUGAUGGGAUGCGACGAUCGAGUCAUGUAUCUCAUUUCGGAAAUUUCCUGUCUGGAUUCGCUUAAGAGCGAAGGCCGGCUUGAUGACUUUGCUGUCUGCUCUCAUGUCCAGGCGCUUGGCAACCAACUAGAACACACUGAGCCCGCUGAUCCAACUCUCGAGAGCCCCUGGUCUGCGGCAACUCAAUCGUUCCGACCCGAGGCUCUCACAAAGACCAUGUCUCACAUUUUCCGCAAAGCCGCUCGGAUCUAUCUCUGCAGCCUCGUGCCUGGAUUUGACCGCAACCAGCAAAGCACCCUGGACUUGGUCCAAGCCAUCACAGAUGCCCUGCAGUUUAUUCCUCCAGGACCAUAUGGCUUCGACCGUUCUCUUGUCUGGCCAAUUUUGAUGGCCGGUGUCUAUUCCACCCCAUCAAGUGAAUUUCGGGCAGUUCUUAAUGAUCGAGCUGCUGCCCUUGGAGACCAUGGUGACCUCGGAAGUUUCGGACGAAUGUACCUCCUUCUUCACGAAGUGUGGCGACUUACCGACGACCCUCUUAACACUCAAGGUCUUUUGGAUGACAGCUACAACUCAUCUCUCACCAGCCCGAUCUCCAAGCUCGACCGAACUGAGUCCCCCACGGGUACUGGUGCUACCUUGGGCGGAAGGGAGAUCAAGCGACGACAAGUCCAGUGGCGGGAUAUUAUGCGCCGCAACAACUGGAACUACCUUCUUAUCUGA